AUGGGCUGUAUAACCAACUACCUGUGUCAUCUGCGGCGACAUGUCCACGUUGUAGAAUGGCGAACUCGACGGACAACUACCAAAAUGUUCCAGCCAUUAGGACAAGGGUGCAAGGGGCAGAUGGCGACCAACACGAGUCGUGACGGGCGAGAGAGCAGCAGCAGCAGCAACAACAUCACCAGCAUCAUCAGCAUCAUCGGCAUCACCAGCCACAAUGCUCGAGAUACAGAUACACCAAAGACCCCAAGACCCCAAGACCCCAAGACGCUCAAUCGAUGGAGCACGACAGCCUGCAGAAACGGCCGCUUGUGCCCCCCCCCCCCCGGCCUGCAUGCCGACCCCCCCAUCACGGAAACGUCUCGCCCGUACCGUCGGGUCUCCCUCCACCCCCUUUGA